CGGAGGAAGCCGGAAUCUAGCGGAGACCGGAGCGAGCGGCCUCUCCCUGCGACAACAUCAUUAAAGUAUCAAUUCAUCAUCAUGGAGAGUGCUGAUUCCGCCGGAAAAGGUAGCACUGAACAAUCCGAGUCCCAGCGCCAGAGCCAGAUGGAUAGGCUAGAUCGGGAGGAAGCUUUUUAUCAGUUUGUAAACAACUUGAAUGAGGACGACUACCGCCUUAUGAGAGAUAACAACCUAUUGGGGACUCCAGGGGAAAUUACUAAAGAGGAAUUGUUGAGGAGGCUUCAGCAAAUCAAAGAAGGGCCACCACAGCCAAGUACAGAAGGAACAAGAGGUGAUCCAGUCUCUGCAAGCGGGGACCCUGCUGAGGAUUCCUCCAACGGGGAUUCCAUAAUAGACUGGUUAAAUUCAGUGCGACAGACCGGGAACACAACACGAAGUGGUCAGAGAGGCAACCAGUCCUGGAGGGCUGUGAGCAGAACAAAUCCAAACAGUGGUGAUUUCAGGUUUAGUUUGGAAAUCAAUGUGAAUCGUACUUCGGGCAACCCAAGUAUGCCUUCACUUGAACAGUCAUCUGAGAUGCCUGGGGCUGAAGAUAUGGAAGUGAGCAGUCAAGGGGAGAAUGAGAAUGAACCUGAACCUGUUGCCCCAAGGGUGGCACAAGCAGAGGUGACAGAGGAAGCACCUGUACAGAGGGGGCAAAGGAGAGCCAGAAGCAGAAGUCCCGAUCAGCGCAGAACUCGAGCUAGAACCGAUAGAAGCAGAUCCCCUCUGCAUCAAGCUGUUGAGCCACCUAUUCGAAGGGCUCAGCAUAGUUCAUCACAGACUGUUGAUGCUUCCAGUACGGAAGAGGCAGAGGGUAGCUCUAGGACUAGGCACCAUGUUAGUUCUCAAAUGCAGAACAGCUCUUCAUCAAAUGAAACUGAGGGCAGCUCUAGAACUAGACAGCAUAUUACAGCCAGACAACAAGCUCUUGGGACUGAAGGUCAGAGCCAGAGCCAGACCCAGAGCCAGACCCAGACCCAGAGCCAGAGCCAGAGCCAGAGCCAGACCCAGAGCACUGUUCAUCUGUCAAACCCAGAGUCAAGAAGCUCUUCCCAACCUCCUCAGACAGACUCCUCCAGUAAUGCAGAGACUACAGGUACCGGUCAGAGACCUCCUACAAUUGUCCUAGAUCUGCAGGUAAGGCGAGUGCGCCCAGGUGACUACAGGCAGAGGGACAGCAUAGCUAACCGGACACGUUCACGCUCUCAGACUCCCAACAACACAGUCACAUAUGAGAGUGAGAGAGGAGGGUUUCGUCGCACUUUCUCGCGGUCUGAACGUGCUGGAGUUAGAACCUACGUAAGUACCAUCCGAAUUCCAAUUAGAAGAAUCCUGAACACGGGGCUCAGUGAGACCACAUCUGUGGCCAUCCAGACAAUGCUGAGGCAAAUAAUGACUGGCUUUGGGGAACUCAGCUACUUCAUGUACAAUGAUAACGACACUGAUCCUAACAACCCCACACCAGUGUCCCCUCCUGCAGCAGUUCCUGGUGAAGCACAAAACCUUGUCAGUCCAGAGCCCCCAGCUCCUAUUGUUGAGCCCCCAGAACCUGUUGCUCCAGUGGAAAGUGAAGAAGGAAGCAAUGUUUCAACAUCUGCAGCCAGGAGGGAGGGUCGCAAUAGCAGAGGGGGUGUCACAUUUGAAGAAAGUGGAUCACUACCUUUUCUUAGUCUGGCUCAGUUCUUCUUGCUUAAUGAGGAUGAUGAUGAUCAGCCAAGGGGACUCACCAAAGAGCAAAUUGAUAACCUGUCCACCCGAAAUUUUGGUGAAAAUGAUGCCCUGAAAACAUGUAGCGUGUGCAUAACAGAAUAUACAGAAGGGAACAAGCUUCGCAAACUGCCUUGUUCUCACGAGUACCACGUCCACUGUAUUGACCGUUGGUUGUCUGAAAAUUCUACCUGCCCCAUCUGUCGCCGAGCAGUCCUGGUUGCAGGCAACAGAGAGAGCAUUGUGUAAAUCCUUUAAUAUAAACUGUUAGUUACGCCUCUGGCGUUUCCAGAGCCUGGGAAGGGUCGGGGAGCAGGGGCGGGGGGGACCGCUUUUUAUGACCACUUUUUGAGUGGUGCUUUAAAUUAGGUUCUUGGCUUGGAGUGAGUUGUCCUGUUUGAUUACACAUUUCUCAUUUUCCUUCUGCAUUUAAUUGUGUUAAUGAAAUGUGUGUCAGUUCACAAACAGGUGAAUGGCCUGUCCAAGGACUUGUAUUCCUCCACCACCUGAACAUGUAUUAAGCAAGGACAAUUGUUUCCCCAGCAGUUUUUAAACUUUCAGUGCUGGAAUGAUAUGCAAGGACCCCUUGGCACUGAAACGAUGACAUGAACUUGCCACCUGGACUGACGUUUGCAUCCCUCACCAAGUUUUCUUUUAAAUAAAAUGUUUAGUCGCAAGAGCUGCUUUAUAUGUACAUGUA